AAGCAGCAGAGGCAUAUAGAGAUCCUCCUCCUUCGUGGCUUCAACUCCCCUAUCGCAUUCUGCUUAGGGUUUUCUGCCUCCACUCCUGUUCUCUCCCCGUCUCUCCAUGGAGGAGGCCCUCCUUCAGAUCUUCUCUUCUUCUCUUCUGCUCCUCUUGAGAUUUUGAGCAGUUUUGGGAAGAAAGAAGGAAGGAAUUCUCUGUGCAGAGUGGACAGAAUUCUGAGCUUUGUCUCAGAAAUUCGGCAGACACAAAGGGGGAGAGAAGUAAAGGAUGUCGAGCGGAAAUACCCAUUGGUGUUACAGAUGUAGGCAGCAGGUUAGACUCCGUAGACGAGAUAAGGUGUGCCCUCAUUGUGAUGGAGGUUUUGUUCAGGAGCUCGAUGAGAUGGAGGGCAUUGGCCCCCUGGAUUUCUUUGGAUUUGAUUCCAUUGUCGACCAUGACCAGCGAUUUAGAUUAAUAGAAGAUUUAAUGGUGAGGCAGAGAUUGGCAGGUAGAUACCGAGAACUCGACAGAUUGAGAUCUCGUAUGGUUCCCGAACAUGGCAUGGGGUUACGUGCAGGUGCAUGGUUGAUCUUUAAUGGUCAGAUGCCUUUCAGGAUUCCUGAAAAUGGUUUGAUGGACUUACCUCUCAAUAGAGGUACAGGAGUUGGACUAAGACGGGCUAAUACUGGUGAUUACUUCAUUGGCCCAGGACUGGAUGAACUGAUUGAGCAGCUCUCUGCGGGUGAUAGGCAAGGGCCACCCCCAGCAUCUCAGUCUUCCAUAGAUGCAAUGCCCACAAUAACAAUCACAAAUAAGCAUCUGCGUACUGAUUUGCAUUGCCCUGUCUGUAAAGAUAGGUUCGAGUUGGGCUCUGAAGCACGGCAGAUGCCUUGCAAACAUAUUUAUCACAAUGAUUGCAUUGUUCCAUGGUUGGUUCAGCACAACACAUGUCCUGUCUGUCGUCAUGAGUUGCCUCCACAAGGAUCUAGUAGUGCAUGCCAUAGUCAAAGUUCAAGACGUCACAACAGAAGUCAAAGUGCUACUAGUACCCCCGGAGGCAGGGAGAAUGGUGGGGAGAGUCGAGGAAGGCGCAAUCCAUUUUCCUUCAUGUGGCCCUUCCGCUCGUCAAGUUCACACUCACCACGGUGAAUCAGGUGGAAGAAGCUCAGCAACCAUUCAUGAAGACAAUCACCACAUGAGAUGUUCUAGAUGGCCUUUUAAUUAUUAAGGAUGGUGUGCUUGGAUUGUCAUUGCUUUUUUUUCAUUGUAGUUUGGUCAUAGCACAUAUCUCCAAUCAAAUUAAAUUAAUUUGUUGGGCAGAGUGGAAGUGGUAAGACCAAUGAAUCCAAAGUGCUCUAAGCUGAUGUGAAGUAAUUGAUGAUCUUUGUUUCUGCCUUAUUCCCUUAAUGUAAAUGAUAUGAUAUUUUGUGGUUUCCCCUUGAUGAUUCCAAGCAGCAUUGAUAUUUAUUGUUUUAUAGCAUCUAAGGGACAAUAAAUCACUUUUAUAUA